AUGAGCCCCUCUCAAGGACUCAAAAAUCGUGUCCCCAGGCAACAAGAACCCGACUUGGAGAGUGUGCCCUUCGGAGACUCAUCAUGCAGCAGAGCGAGUACAGAUGCUUCCAGCUUGAAAAAGACAGAUCCCAAAGGUCGGAGUGCACUGUUAGCCGACAUCCAGCAAGGGACUCGCCUUCGGAAGGUCACGCAGAUCAACGACCGCAGCGCCCCGCAGAUCGAGAGUCCUAAAGGAACCAACAAAGAGGCGGGAGGCUCUGCAAACUCUCGAGGAGGGAGCACGCCCCCAGCCCUGGGAGAUCUGUUUGCUGGUGGCUUUCCUGUGUUGCGACCAGCAGGCCAGAGGGAUGCAGCAGGUGGCAAGACAGGGCAGGCCCCUGGCUCCCGAGCGCCUUCUCCCCGGCUUCCCACCAAAACCAUCAGCGGGCCGCUCAACCCCCCAGCAUCUCCCAGGCUGGGCAACGCCUCGGAGGCGCAGGGUGCAGCCAGGACGGCCCCUCUGCGCCCCAGCUCCCCCAGCUUCCAGGUGCAGCCACCGAAGCCCAGCGUGCAGACCUUGCCGGCUCCGCCCGCCGUCCCUCCCGGGUCCCAGCCUUUCCUGCAGAAGCGGAGACCGGGCCGGGGCCCAGGGACCAGCGGGGGGAAGCUAAAUCCACCCCCAGUGCCCCCUGCAAGAUCACCCACCACGGAGCUUUCGAGCAGGAGCCAACAGGCCCCAGGCUGGACCCCAACUCCGCAGCCCGGAGGUCAGCUGAGGAACGGGAGCCUGCACAUCAUUGAUGACUUCGAGUCUAAAUUCACGUUCCAUUCCGUGGAAGACUUCCCUCCUCCAGACGAGUAUAAACCCUGCCAGAAGAUUUACCCCAGCAAGAUCCCCAGAAGCCGUACACCUGGUCCCUGGCUCCACGCCGAGGCUGCCGGGCAGAGCUCCGAUGACAUCAAAGGCAGAAACUCUCAGUUAUCUCUGAAGACACUCCGGUGAGGAGACCGAGGAAGCCAACGUCCCACGAGCACCCGGGGCUCCCUAUCGUGGGACGGCGUCCCCAGGAGGCCGCAUCUGACCUCACCGGACUCACGUUGCAGUGCAGUUGACAUACAGGCUCCGAGUGGAGCAUUUAUUUAUUGUAAAUACGUGGUUUGCACAGGCUUUAACUCGGUAUUAUAGUCGAUUUUUAUUUUUUAAGAAAACCGCACUCACCAUUUCUCCAUUUUUUAAGAUGCAUCUUGACAUUCGUCUGUCGGUGCAGACAGAACCCUGCCCCACCCCACAGCGUCCACCCCAUGACUGUAUAUACGCGGGCAGGCUGGCCCUUCCUAGAUUCAGAACCAUUUUUAGAAGAUUCCUUGGUUUGCAAGUAGCCCCAACGUCGCAGUAUCCAUGGCGGCUUCUUCUUGGCCUGAUUUUAUAUUCUCAGCGCACAAACUGCAGAACCAAACCAAAUAAUGCCUUAUAAGUGGCACAGCUCAGAGAGGCCCGGUGUCCCCACACCCAGACAAUGCCACAGCCUCCAGCGAACGAGACGCCCCGUCUCGCUUCCGUCUCGCAGUACAGGGAUUUUUUUGCUGCCUAAUGUAAAUACAACGCAAAGUCCAGGCAGGAGCGGGCGAGGCCCCUUUUGUAACUGAAGGACCCUACGCGUAGCCAAUGCUCUGUUUACAGUGCCCCUCGUGCCCAAGUCCCCAGGACUUGCCUCCUGUCGUGCCCCCGCCACGUUCCCAGCCCCAUCCUGGCAGCCAGGGUGAGGCAGAGCCAGCUU